GGUGUUCACGGGGGGAUUCGGCUCCGUAGGGCGAAACCCGUGUUUGUUCCCCCAACAUCCUAUGGACCCCACACAUUCCAUGGACCUCUGGAUGGAUACAGUUUCGCCGAGCUUUUUGUGAGCUUGUCUGAAUCUGCCUCUGUUAUUGCGGCAUCGGCACCCACUCCUCCGGCCGGAGUUCGGUGGGAUGCCGGUUCUUCCUUCCAGGGAGGGAGGGGCCCAACGGUGGUUCUACCGUCGUCGUCGCUUGGGUGGACUGCAGUUGGCCUCACCAUGGGCCUUUGCUGUUCACACUCGCCAGAAUGGUGACUUGAAUGCGUGUGGGCAGGAAGACGGGAUUGCGACAGCCCGGCAGGGGAAAGCGAGGAAAGAGAGGGAGGAUUGUUGAGAUCUGCCGUUAAGCUUGGAAUUAUGGGUGCCACUGCUGAAUUGAACACCAUGGAGAGCAGCGAGGAUAUGUUCGCGACCAAGAAGGAUCACCGCAAUCCUCUUGUGCCUCUUGGGGCGCUUGCAACAGCUGCAGUUUUGUGUGGAGGGCUCUACUCUUUUAAGCAGGGAAAGUCCCAUCGGAGUCAGUUGUUCAUGCGCGCCCGUGUGGUGAUGCAAGGAGCCACCGUUGCGCUAAUGGUUGGCACUGUUUACGCAAGUGGCAAACAGUAGGAUGCUCCUGAUAUUUUGAGCCUCAUUCUCAUGUCCGGCUAGCUGCAUUGCAACCCUGCAUAUAUAUAUACUCGGAAGGCAGCACCAUUUGACAUAUGGGUCGGGCAAUCUCCUUCCUCCAGGGGUUUCGUGGUGUGAUGAGCGCUGGUCCUGUGCCUGCUGGCUGAAUUGAGGAAGAACAGAAAGCGAUGCUGCCAGUGACCUGCAUUUGUAGUCAUGACACAUUCUGUUCUAUCCUGCCUGUACACAUAUAAAGGCCAGAAACACAUAGCAAAGGAGACAUGAAGCUUGUGAAAGUCUUUUCUCGAGCAGGUGACGAAGACUUACAUCCGCAACAAGUUGGGUCACAAACUAUUCAUUUAUUCUUUCAAUUUGUCAAUGUUUUUGCCACGACAAUUGAGUCCUUCAUUUGGAGUUUUAUGACCAAAAGCGAUGUAUAGGACUCGGAUAUGGACAGUCAAUAAAACUGGAAGCUUCGAAACCUUUACCGCCGAUUA